UUUUUCCCCUUCGCCCCUCUUUAUCUGCCCUCGCCACUUUGACACACACACAGAAAAAGAGUGUUGAAGCAGUGGAGACUCCGUUCAUGCCCUCGCUCACCAACAAAGUCGUUGGGUUCACAGCCAGCUGAGGACUUCUUCCAACUGCGGGAGAUCGCGUCCAUCCACUUGGUGCUCGAGGUCUUGUUUUAUCUUCUUCGCCAAUCGAUCCCCCAGCUUUGCGGUGGUUUCCAGUAGCUCGAUCAAUCUUUGAGGCUUCCAGAUCGGCCCUAAAGAUCAGAUCUUUGUUGUCUUUUACGGAUUUCAAGCGGAGAUGGAAGGAGCUGGUGAGAUCAGACGAGGCGUGGCGAAACCUGCAGUUGUGCAAGAUGUGGGCAAUCGAAGAGCACUCCGGGAUAUAAGGAAUCUCGUGGGCGAAGCACCAUAUGCUUGUGCGAUCAGAAAGAACAGCAAGAGUGGUUUGCAUGAACAUAAUACAACAUGUAUAGCUCGACGGCCAGUGACAAGGAAAUUUGCAGCGACAUUGGCAACUAAACAACAAACUUCUCCGCAGAAUGAGCGAAUUGGGAAAGAGAACCCGGAGAAAAAACCUGAAUCAUUACUAACCAGUUCAAAUUGUUUGAAUAUUUGUACUGACAUAGAAGAGGAUGGCACCAUGGUUGAUGAGAUGGAAGAAAUGGAUCAAUCUGGCCUCAAGGAUGUCGAAAUGGAAGAUCGCAUCCUAGAUUCUUUUCCAGAUAUUGAUAGCUGUGAUUCAAAUAAUCCACUUGCAGUCGUUGAGUAUGUAGAAGAUAUAUACAGCUUUUACAGAAAAACUGAGGUUACAAGUUGUGUAAGUCCAGAUUACAUGUCUCAACAGUUUGACAUCAAUGAAAAAAUGAGAGCCAUUUUGGUUGACUGGCUAGUAGAGGUUCAUUACAAAUUUGAGCUGAUGGACGAGACACUUUUUCUGACUGUGAAUAUUAUAGACAGAUUCUUGGCGAGGCAGACUAUUGUCAGAAAGAAACUGCAGCUGGUUGGUGUUACAGCCAUGCUUCUUGCUUGCAAAUACGAGGAAGUCUCUGUUCCUGUAGUACAGGAUUUAGUGCUCAUCUCUGAUCGAGCUUACACUAGGGAAGAAAUCCUAGAAAUGGAAGUACUGAUCCUGAACACCUUGCAAUUCAACAUGUCUGUGCCAACACCUUACGUUUUUAUGAGAAGAUUUCUAAAGGUAGCUGAGUCUGACAAGAAGCUUGAGCUGCUUUCAUUUUUCAUCAUAGAGCUUUGCCUCGUUGAGUGCAAAAUGCUCAUGUUCCAACCAUCCUUGCUGGCUGCUGCCGCAAUAUACACUGCGCAGUGUACUCUCCAAAGAUGCAAAUGCUGGAAUAGAACUAGUGAGAUGCACACUACCUAUUCAGAGGACCAACUGCUUGAGUGUUCUAGGUUCAUGGUCGACUUCCACCAGAAUGCAAGAACUGGGAAGCUGACUGGAGUCCACAGGAAAUACAGUUCCUUCAAAUAUGGAUGCACAGCAAAAUCAGAACCUGCUCAUUUUUUAUUGAACGCUGAUCUUUAGAGCAAAUUGGAAUUUCUUGAAAGGAGAACCAAACAUGACAUAAGUUGGUGACAUGAGUGAGCGUGGGUCGCAACAUAAGUUGCAGAACAUGAUGCAAUUGAAGUUGCCUGAAGAAUAAUUGUAGAUUCGUUAUUAAGUUAAACUCAGAAUCUUUUGAUAAGAUUCAAAAUAAGUUGGUGUAACUUGAGUGUUGUAACUUUCAUUUGACUUGCUUUAAUGAAAUUGAUGGACUAGAAAUAUAUAAGAAAACUUCU